GUAUAGGUCACAUUAGCGGUGCUCACCUUUCUAGAAAGACCCUGAGGACACUCAGCUGGCCAGCUGCCAGCUGAGUGUCCUCUGGGCCUUUUUCUACAUAAUAGCUCAGCUUUUGGGAGCGGUGGCUGGCAGUUCCAUUGUGUGUGAUAUUAGGCCAGAAACCACAGAUUCACUUGGUGUUAACAAGGUGUACUGGGCAGGACCAAUGAGUGUAGGUGUGGCACCUCUUCUGUAUAAUUAUCUGCUGGCUUCCAAAGAUGAGCCCUUCAGCAAACAAACUGUUUCGUGAGCCCCUUCUGUAGGAUGUUAAAGAUGUAGAAUGGUCAAAGGACUUGGUCUGAGGGGAAUCUAUUAUUGUAUACUGCUUAUUUGUAUCAAAUAAAAUGCAGUAAUUUUAAAGUUUCAUCUUCUCUCUAAUGCUCAAAUGCGUGACCUGAAAUCUUUUGCAGCACGUCUUUUUCCUGUUUCAUGGCUUUUCUCCUCCCCUCUGCACAAAAAACCUCACUAUAAAUACUGAAGGACCUACAUGUUUGGUUUAACACACCAGACACAUUUUAAGCCGAGAUGGCAGAAAUAAAAAGCUGGAUGUUUUGGAGGGCUGUGGCUGCAGAAUUUGUUGGUAUGUUGCUGUUCAUAUUCACUGGUAUAUCUGCUAUCAUUGGAAAAGAUGAGGAGAGUGUUGCUCAGGAGCUGAAGGUCUCACUGGCCUUUGCGCUGGCGAUCACCACAUUGGCUCAGAGUUUAGGGCACAUCAGUGGAGCGCACUUCAACCCUGCAGUCACUUUGGGCCUGCUGGUCAACUGCCAGAUCAGUGUCAUCAGAUGUGUUUGCUACAUCCUGGCUCAGAUGCUCGGGGCAGUUGUGGCUAGUGCUAUUGCAAAUGGAUUUAGGCAAAGCAAAUCCCUUGGUGUUAACAAGCUACACAACGUGACUGUAGGACAAGGCUUCGUUAUCGAGUUCCUUGCCACCCUUCAGCUGGUUCUGUGCGUGAUAGCCGUGACAGAUAAGCGACGGAGCGAUGUUAAAGGUUUUGCACCACUUGCUAUUGGGCUGUCAGUGGGACUUGGGCACUUUGCAGCUAUAAGUUUCACUGGAUGUGCUAUCAAUCCCGCUCGCUCCUUUGGACCAGCCUUGAUACGUAGUGAAAUGAAGAACCACUGGGUGUACUGGCUGGGGCCCAUGUGUGGUGGCAUAGCAGCAGCUCUUAUCUAUGAUUUCCUUCUGUAUCCACAAACACAAAACUUCAGUACGCGCAUGUACAUCCUGCUUAAUGGUCCACAAGAUGAAAACGAUGCAGUUGAAAUAACUGGAGAAGGCAGCAGCAGUCCAGGGCCAAGUCAGUGGCCAAAACACUGAACAACAUGCAACAUUUUAGCUUUUCUGUCUGUCAGCACAUCUAUAAACAACAUAUGAUUUACAGAUAUGCUUUGAAUGUGGCUAUUGAUUAUAUUUUUAUUUUUGCAGUGAGUGUUUUUUUAGUUGUGUUUAUUUUUUUUAACCAAUGAGUAUAUUACAAUAAAGAUCUGUUUUCAUCCA